CCCCCCCCCCCAGACGCCUGAAAUAAAUGGCGGAGGGGGCGGAGACCUUCGUCCCAUCAUCCAAUCCGAAGAGAGAGCCCCAGGUGAAGGCGGUGCACUCAGCCCCAAACCCAAUGGGCGUGAGCGGCGGCGGAUGACAGACGGGUGCCCCCCUCCGCCCGGGGGCCAAUGGGGCGGGCGGCGCGGGGCGCGUCGCGCCGUCCCGUGGUGCCGCGGGGCGAGCGGCGGCAGGAGCGGCGGCGACUGCAUCCGGGUCCCGGCGCGGCUCCGGGUCACCCUGCGGCAGACUAACUUGAAGGCCCGGAAGUGCCGCCCCCGGGCGCUCCUGAGUGGUGGGUUGGCCCCGCCGCGCGCCGGGGAUAGGCUGCGGAUUCCGUCAGCGCCUGGGUACGUCACUUCCGCUAUCAAGUGUGUGGGCCGGGGAGACCUUGGCCGCGGGGGGAGCCGCGUCCGUGUCCGUCCCCCCCCGGGGCCGCGGGGGGAGCCUGGGGGGGGCCGUGGCCGGGGGUCGCCCGCCGUGCCCUUCCCCAGGGCUGCCCGCGCCUCGGGCACCGAGGAGCCCUGCCCUGCGGCGGGGAGCGGUGGCCGGAGGAACUUGUGGCGGGGCAGGCAGGUAGGGGCGGCGGGCAGGGCCGCAGGCAGCUGCGGGCAGGCGGGGAGGGCGUUAGAGACCGGGUGGGCAGGCAGAACGCGGUACGGCGUAAGAAGAGUGAAGUUCAAAACCGAGGAGGCGGACGCUGAAGAAAAUACCUCGUGAAAUGCACCUGCUUUGGCAACUAAGCACGCUGUCAGCAGGCUGGGGGGUAAGGGGUGGGAUCGCACGAAGCGCUUGCCGGUAUACGCUGUACUGAUCGAAACUAAACGCUUGGGUUAUGUUUCAGUAUUGUCGUUAGCAGAGUGUGGAAUCCGUCCCUGACAAGCGAUAAUGUGCUUAUGGAGACUUUCUUCUGGCCCAGCGCAGUCAGUUUUGGAGAAGGACGUUAUUCUAUCACAUCCUAGUUUUAUGACGUAUUUCUUGCAGGAGUGGAAACUCAACCUGAUGUUCAAGGUUAUGAUAAUCCUCGUUGAUAGAUUUGCUGUUUCUACUUUGCCUGUGCUCCUCUUUAAUGGUGCUACUUUGCGCAGGCAGUUUUCUGACUGUAGUGCAAGCCUUCGCGGGCACGGAAGAAUUGCUUCCGUUCAACACGUACGUAGAAACCGUACCGAGCAAUGCUUGGGCAUAACAACGGGUCAGAUUUAAUCCCUGCCAGAAUUUUCAAGGAAACGAAUCUGUGCCUUCCAAAGCAGUAACAUCUCUCUAACUUAACUAAACAGCAUUUAAGGGUCCGGGCAUCCUCUUCCUAAUUCUUCAGGCGGGUGAGCAUCCCCAGCUGCCGGGGGGUUCACCAAAACAGUUAUUGACUGGUGUGGCUCCUGUUGUCAAAUGUGACGCGUUCUGUUCACAGCAAUGGUCGGGUGUUAAAUGGCCUGAACUUACCCCAGGAGCUGUUCACGGUGGUGGCUGAAACUUGCUGCAGUCUUUCCAGCGUAGUCAACAUGCGAUGGUAGAUUUAAUAGGGGUUUGUUGUUUUUUUGUCCCUGUAAUAGCCAGCUUUGUGAAGAGGGACUUACUAAGUAGCUGUCCUGUGGUAUUUUUAAUGUAAAAGUGUUGACUGUGGUUUUUGUCACUGAGCUUUUCACCAAGGUGUACUCUGUAUAUCUCAAAUGCUUAACCUCAAUUCACGUAGGUCAUGCUGGGAAGUAGUUAUUUUGCAUAAGACGACUGGGGACUUGGCAAAAGGAAGCUUAGGCAAAACAUCAGAUCACUUGCUUUGUUUUUCUACAACUACUAACAAGCUGUAUCCUUCUUUCACUUUCCCUUUUGGUAAAUGCCUUCUGUGUUUUCCUCUGUGGUUAGUAGCGGAAAACAUCGGUCCAUUUGCAAAACGAUAAAAAGCUCCCAGGACUUAUAAAGGGCAAUAGGUGUUUAAUUGUGUUGCCAAUUAAUAACAUCACACGGCAUUCUGGAAAACAUUCUCAUGCACUAACUGCGUUAUUUGCUGAAUUUGUGUAAUUAUCAUAUUAACAUACAAACUCAUGCAGGGGAAGUUAGCCCGCUUACUAGUAAGUGAAUAAAUAUAUACAUUUGUAUAUUUAUACGUAAGCAUGCAUUCCUGUUCGAAGCAGGAACAAAUAACCAAAACGAUGGUUUCCUUUGAGAAGUGUGCUGAGGCCUUUGUAGCGCUUGAAGCUGUAGCUAAACUGAAAUGUGUUCAUAUAUGUAUUUCUUCUGCCAGUGUACUGACAGAUGGGUGUUCAAAAAGGAUUUGUGAAAAUCUGAUAA